AUGCCCCGCCAUCACCCAUAUGGUGGAUAUGAUGAUGGUCCCCGACAGCACCGUGGGAGUCAGGAACAUCGACGUCCAUCGUCAUCAUCCAUGCGCGGCCGAGGUGGUCGUGGCGGUCGUUCUCGUACAAAUUAUGCACAGUCUCCGUACGGCGCUUCGCCCGCAAACUGGAACAUGUCACCGUCAGCCACUCCUUUUCCACCUUGGGGUGCGCCAUUCCCCAUGGCGCCCAUGUCGUAUGGCUUGCCCUACUUCAUGUUCGGUGGCGGCACAGCAGAAGCGGCUCGGCCGCCGCCCACCAUGUAUGGGUCAGCAGUUCGGCCACCUAUGUCAAUGCCAAUGCCAGCUCCUAUGUCGAUGCCAGUUUCUGUGCCUUCAUCUGUAUCGCCUGGUGCGCCGAUGUUCCCCUGGAAUGCUAAACACAUGCCCGUGUCGCCACCGAAUCUGCGGCGCGGAGGGGGUCCACGCGCUGGCCGGGGUAGCCACCCAGAGCGAAAGAGUCAGCGGUCCCGAUUUACUCGCAGUAUAUACCAACCAGAUCCUGAUGCUGAGCGGCCCGAGGAUAGUAAGCCAUGCCGCACGUUGUUCGUGCGCAAUGUCGCGUUUGAAGUGGAUAUACAUGCGCUACGAGCAGACUUUGCCUCGUUCGGUGAGAUUCGAGUGUGGUUUGAUCUCAUACAUCGGCGUGGUAUGCUGUUUGUUACGUACUAUGAUAUACGGGCAGCAGAAAAGGCACGCGUCGCCAUGAACCAGAAAGCCUAUGUUGGUCGCACGCUCGAUGUCCACUUCAGUCUUCCAAAAGAUGAGGAUCAGGAGCAGCACUGUGAUCGAGAAAAAAAUCAGGGCACUCUGUUCGUUGUUGUGCAGGAUGCGACCGAGCCCAUAACAUACGAAGCGUUUCACGCUCAUUUUGAACCAUACGGCGAAAUCCGCGCGAUUCGCACAUAUAAGGAUCAGGAGCAUACCCGUUUUGUUGAAUACUGGGAUAGUCGAGCGUGUGUUGCGGCACAUGACACUUUGCAAGACAGUGAAUUCUUAGGUGGGCGUACUCACAUUAAGUUUGCAUGGGAUUUGUCCACGGUGUCGCUUGUGAAUGAUGCGCGUACACGAAGCGAAGCGAAGGCGGCGGCCGAAGCUCGCGCACGGGCAGAUCAUCGCCAACCUGCAGCGCCCUUACCUAUGGCAGCUAUGGAGUACUCGGCUCUGCCUGAUAAUGUGGCAACAACGGCAUCGACGGCCAACGCUGCGCCAGCAGCCACUGGGGCUACCAAGGAUACUGUAUGGCCGCGAUACGAUGUGGCGAUUGCGCCUGAGGCGCGCCUUGAGCAAGCGCAAAGAGUUCAAAAGCUUCUUGCAUCGUUAGGGUCACAAUCAGGCCAGGAGCCAAUCAACGCAGCACAAAAUACUGCGCCGUCUCUAUCAACGAGUCAGCAGAUAUUAUCAGAGGAGGGGAGUGCAUCAGGAAGUGCACCUGCCUCUCCGCGGAGCAAUAAUGCAAACGUGUGUCGAACGGACAUGGAUGCCCAGCACGGAGAUCACGAGGAAGUUGACGCUGCUGUAAAAGCACCAGAAGUGGAGUGCACAGAGUCUGUUCGGACGCCGCCUAAUGCGGCGACCGACGAAAAACUGGAGUAA